AUGUUACUUCCAUUGUUAAGAUCCACUCGUCUUCCAAAGAGAUUCGGCAAUCGAUUACAGCGACGGUGCUUAUCCAGAACGACUGUCAUGUCCGGCAUCAGUGAAGCAAUCAUGAAAGAUCACCGCGAGGUCGAGGAUUACCAUAAUAAGAUCCUCAGUGCUGGCACAGACAAAGAGAAGACCCAGUGGCAAAACCAAUUCACAUGGGAGCUGGCUCGUCAUUCUAUUGGCGAGGAGCUUGUCGUCUACCCUCAGUUCGAAAGAAAGCUACCUAAUGGCCAAGCCAUGGCGGACAAAGAUCGCCAAGAGCACCAAGCAGCGGGCGCUUAA